AUAAAUCUUCCCUCCAGCAAGCUGCCAUAGCCUUUUUCUAUCCUUUCCUGUUUGAAGGAGAGGUCUGCUUAUUUAACCUCCAUAGGGCCAUGGCUAAGAAGCUCAAUCAAUUAUUCUUUUCUUCAAUUCUAACGAAGUGACGUGGCAGAAGUGGGUCAUUCAUCCACCGACCAUUAUUAAAAUCUUCUCGAUUGUCAAGAUCUGUAAACACUCUAAACUCACUCUAAUUCAUCGCACAAAUUCCAAUUUGAUCGAAGAACGGAGAAAUUAUCGGUCACAUUACGUACUUUUCUUUAUCCUGUAGAGAAAAGGGAGAAUAUUCAGCUUCGCAGGAAACCCGACGGUCCUAAAAGGCGUGGAAUGCUCAAUUUUUUUAUUUUUUAGCCUUUAAAUUCCUGACAAAGUGAUGUAAAAAAUAAUAAAAAAAUUGUUUAUAACAGAAGAGAGGUCGCGACUUCAAACCCCGGAGAUUUGUCAUAAUCUACAGUACAGAGGGAACAAUUUUUCCCGACAGCUGGCGCGCACUCCACCUCUUCGGAAUCCGUACAACCUUGUGAUGUGACAGAUACAACAUGGGGCCCAUUUUAUUUUUUUCAGGUCGAUUUGACUGCGGUAAAUUGCUGCAUGGUGUUACUGAGGGUUUGGAGGAUUUGCUGGGAGGAUAUUAGCGCCAAGAUUUUGUAAGGCUUGGAGACAUGAUACAUGGUAGCGUUCGAGUAUUUGAAACGCAUUUAUAGUUGCGCACUGAAGAGAAUUUCCGAGACAAAACUAACUGUGAAGUUUGAAGGCCUUUAGAUUUGUGCUGAUCUGGCAUAUCAAUCUUUCCCACUCCUUCCUAAAGGAAAUACUCUUAUCUUUUCUGCUGAAAACUUCUGGAGAAUGCCACAUGGCAUACUAGCAGGGGGCAAAAAUCACAAAGAAAUGAAGUGUAGGGCCUACUGUUAUAUUGCUUUGAAAGAAAUAAGGAAUAUCAUUGGGGCUUACGGCAGGCUAAUGAGUCAUGAUGUUGGGGCUUCGCACUGUGAACUCCCUUGUGUCAGGCCUUAAAACCCUGCAAACUGUUAGAUUUGGGACGUUGUGGCAGAUCAGUUGAUGCAUGCUACUCCAAGCCUCCAAAGGCUUUCAAAACACCUAGUAUCAUGCAGAAAACUGCAAAAAUGCUAAGACAGAAAAGCUUUUUGCCCAUCAGCAAGCAUGGGCUCCAAGACAGAAAGUUGCAAAGGAGAUUAGUUGAUGGUGCUAUCACAGUCAAGUUGAAUGAAAGGAAUCAGGUGGGUACUGGAAAUCCACACAGGUUUGAGUGAUCUGGUAUUUGCAGGGGUUCUAUGAUGUCAACACCAAAUUUAAGGAGAUCAAAACGCGACCAUGUUGCCAGGAGACAUUCUUCUGGUCCUUCAUACGUCGGGGAAGGGAAGGCUGGGGUUCAUGAAAGUCAGGGCAAGUUACAUCGAGAUGCAAAAGAUCAUCUUACCAAGGUGGAAGCCAACUUGAAGAAUACUGGUGCACCAAAGCGAUUAGAUGCACGUGGGUACAGGCAAGCUGUUAAUGAAAGAUUUAAUUUGAAAGGCCUUAAAAAGGAAAAUGGAGGGACAGAUAAAACAAAGAACCAGGGAAGUAAUUCUUCAACUGCUGUUGUAAGUAAAACUGAAAUCAAGGGUAGCUUCCAAACAGGGGAGCAGGUUGUGUUGCAGGUAGAAUCUAAGGAUGAAAGGUCAAAAGAUGAAGAACAAGAAGGAGAAAGUGAGCCGGGUGAUUCAAGACAAUCUAAUAUCAUUAGUAGGCUUGACAAAAGCAUUGAGAAACUGGAAAAUUCUUGUUUUAGCAGAAAGCGAAAACAAGCUGAGAUUGAGCUGCAGCAGGAUGUUUCAGUUUCUGGCACAAGAUCUGGGAAGAUAUACAAGUGUGAUGUCACAGAGCCUUCAGAUGGAAAGAGUAUAGAGGUUUUUGACAGAGGAGAGAAAGAAAGUAGUCUGCUGGAUGACUCAGGAAUGGAUCUUUUUGUUUCUAUGCCUAUCGGGGAUAAAAUGGAAAUACAUGAGCAAGUACUGACAGAAAAUCAAUACUCUGGUGAAUGUGUGCAAUGCAUAGACUGCCAGAAAAGGGAAAGGCCUGGCAAUAUACAAGUAUCUAUGGAUUCAUGGCGAUGUAAUGAUUGUAAUGCUUUACAUGCAACUCACUCUAUAUUGCAGAGGAAGAGCAAACAUAGUCUCACUGAGUCUUCUGCACACAUUCAGUCAAAUGCUAUUGUUGAUCUAGUAGAUGAGCAAGACUCUGGUAACGAAGAUUCUAAAUCAGACGAGAAUAGUAUGAGUAAUGACACUAGACCAAAGAAGUUCGUGUGGGCUGAGAUACAAAAGGGGAGGUGGUGGCCUGCUUUCAUCAUGCUGCAGUCUGAUCAACGGAAGAAAAAUAGUUCGAGUCCGAAUAAGGGGUCAGAAUUAGCUGAGCUCAUUUACUCUGAUGAUCCAACAAAGGAGUCCAAACUUGUGGAGGCAAGGUCUGUUCGUCCAUUUGGAGAAAACUAUGACCAACUUAAAAAUAUUCAUAAUAGCAAGGGCUUUCUAGAUGCUGUUAGCAAAGCAUAUAAGCUAUAUCAAGAUUACUUGCAAAAGAAAAAUCAAGUUGAAUCGUCAAGACAAGAAGAAGAACCAGUUAUUCCUUUGCAGAAGGAUGAGGCUACAGGAAAAUUGGACAUGGAUGGAGGAGCUUCCUCAACCGUAGCUCAAAAGAAGGGAAAACAGUUAAGCAAGAAGGUUUCACACCCUGACACCCACCAUUCUCUUGUUGAAGAAUGCGAAGUAGAGAGUUCUAUGAAGCUUAGGAGCACUGUUGGGGGAAAUAUUGUUGAAAUGGGAAAUGAUCACAAUGUUGAUUUACCAUCACCAGCCCAGAUGAGUUCUUCUGGAGUUAAAUUUUCAAGUGAUUAUAUUAUUAACAGUUGCCAAAUAUGUAAAGGAAGCGGGAAACUUCUCUGCUGUGAUGGACAAAACUGCAACAUGACAUACCAUCUCCAUUGCCUGAAACCUCCAUUGGUGCAAGUUCCCCUCGGUGAAUGGUAUUGCCCAACUUGUGCAUAUAGAAGAGUAUCAAACGGUGUGCAUUCGGUUUGUAAAGGAAUUGAAUCGAUAUGGGAAACAAAAGAUCUUGAUACUGAACAAAACGAAAUUGGAAAGGCAACUGAAAGGGAUCUCUCAAUUGGAAGAAAAGUGUAUCACAAUUUUGGUAAGGAGCGCAAUGGUUGCUUCAAUCGUAGUUCAAUGUCAGCGCUAGAUCAGAGAGAGAAUAAUAGAAAUAAAGAAGAGCUAUGCAGUGAUUCCAUGAUUGUUGGACAAAAUGAGCUUCCAAUUAAAACUACAAAUAAGACAAACUCUAAAAGGCAAGAGAAGAUUUAUUUUGUUAAAUACAGAGGGCUUUCUCAUCUUCAUAACCGCUGGGUCAAUGAAAAGUUGCUUAUUGAUGAAGCACCAAAGAAACUAGCCAAUUUCAAGAAAAAACUAAAGGAAGGAAAGGCUCCUAAAUGGAACCCUGAAUGGACUGAACCACAUCGGCUCAUACAGAAGAGAUCAUUACUCUGUGCAAAUCCAGAAGAAGAAUGGGGGGAAACAAGUGCAGACUAUUGUGUUGAAUGGUAUGUCAAGUGGAAAGGUUUAGGUUAUGAUCAAUGCACAUGGGAACUAGAAAGUACAGACAUGCUAACUUCAAAUUCAGCUAAGGAUCUAAUGAAGGCAUUUGAAAUUCGCUCAGAGGAAGCACAACAUCGAGCUAGUACUCAGCAAGCAGAUAAGGCCAAGACACUGCGAAAUAAGGCUUUUUCGAGGUUGAAAAAGCUUCCUGACUGGAUGAAAGGGGGACUGGAAUGUUCAAUAAAUCUCAAAUGUAUCAACAAGCUCCGAGAGUUCUGGCAAAAUCAUAGGAAUGCUCUUAUCAUAGAUGAUCUUGAUCAGGAACGCAUAAUGACAGUGAUUGCCUUUAUACUAUCACUCAUUAAGGAAUUUAACAUAACUCGACCUAUUCUUAUCAUUACAUCAACAGCGGGUGUCCCCAUCUGGGAGUCAGAAAUUUUACAGUGGGUUCCAUCUGGAAAUACAGUAGCUUAUUAUGGGAAUCAGAAAGCAAGAGAAGUCAUCCAAAAGCUUGAAUUCUUUGAUGAAAGUGGAUGUUUGAUGGCUCAAAUAGUCUUAUCAACUCCUGAUAUUGUCUCUGCGGACCUGGACCUUAUGAAAUCUAUAGAGUGGGAAGCAUUGAUAAUAGAUGAAUGUCAGCAUUUCAAACUUUCAAAAGUUAUUGCUCAGCUGAAGCAACUGACUGUAGACUUUCGCCUUUUGCUCUUCAACAAGCAAAUGAAGGAAAAUACUGCUGAGCUUUCUCAUUUUCUAUCCUUUCUUGAUCCUCGAAAUGAUUAUAUCCCUGAACAUCAACAUCAGGAUGGCAGUGAAUAUCUUGUUUCACUAAAGGGCAAGCUGUUAGAGUACACUGCGCAUGAGCGAAAAUCAGACUCUCUGUCAAGUGCUAACUUUAUUGAGUAUUGGGUUCCUGUUGAGUUGGCUAAUGUACAGGUGGAACAGUAUUGUACUAUACUUAUGACGAAUGGGAAUUCUCUGUGCUCAAUGUUGAAGAAAAAUGACCCUGAAGCUCUUAGAGACAUCCUCCUUUCAUUAAGAAAGUGCUGCAUGCAUCCUUAUCUUGUGGAUGGAUCUUUGCAAACAUCGCUCAGGCAAGGCCUUGAAGAAGUUGAGUAUUUUGAUAUGGAUAUAAAUGUGAGCAGCAAACUACAACUAUUGGACAACAUAUUAUCAGAGCUAAGAUCGGAACACCAAAGGGUGCUAAUUCUUUUCCAGAUGAUUGGACGUUCUGGAGGGAUUUCCAUUGGUGAUAUAUUAGAUGACCAUAUCAGGCAGCGAUUUGGUGUUGACUCUUAUGAGCGUGUUGAUGGCUGCUUACCCUCUAACAAGAAGCAGGCAGCGUUGCAGAUGUUUAACAGUAAGGACUCUGGGCGGUUUGUAUUUUUACUUGAAAAACGUGCUUGUGGAACAAGCAUAAAGCUCUCUUCAAUUGACACUGUUAUAAUAUUUGACAGUGACUGGAACCCUCUCAAUGAUUUACGUGCCCUACAGAAAUUACAAAUGGAUGCCCAUGCUAAGCACUUGAAAGUUUUUCGAUUCUACUCUCCAUAUACUCUGGAGGAGAGAGUGCUGAUUUCUGCAAAGCAAGAUAAUGUGCUUGAUAACCAUUUAGAAAAUUUAAGUUCCACAGUUUGUCAAACACUGAUUAAGUGGGGCACUUCUCAUCUUUUUAAGAGGUAUGAUGAAAUCCAUGAUUCAAAUAGUCACACCUUGAAGUCAAAUUCUGAUAAUGGUUCUCAAAAUUUGAAGUCUUUGGCAAAAAACAUUUUAGCAUGUGCACACGAUGGGUUUCAGACUCAUAAAAGCCUAGAGAAUUCUGUCAUUCAGAGGGUUCCUCGAUCAGGAGGAUAUGGAAAAGGUAUUCAGAUGUUUGGUGAGUCAGAGAACCUGUUAAAAGAAGAGGAGACACCUAGCAAUUUUUUCUGGGCACAAUUACUGAAGGGAAGACAUAUGGUAAAACAUGGUGUUUCAGGACAGUUGCAGAGAACAAGAAGAAAGGUACAGUAUUCUGAAAAAGCACCUAUGAAACCGAUAUCUGAUCCUGAUGAAUCCGAGGCAAGAAAAAGGCGAAGGCGGGUUACCGAAACAGUUGAUCCAAUCUCAAUCACUUCCUGGCUUGAAGAUAAAAAGAAGUCAUUGGCUGGUGGAAAGGAAUCUAGUGAAAACUACAUUGAGACACAUACAGAUGAAGCUAAUCAAGCAUCUACCGAGUCUAUACAAAAUAGUUCUGGAAAGAGUUCAAAUCUGAUGGGUAAAAAAUCACAUGCAGAUAUGCCUUCUGAUAAAUAUCCUAGCCCCUGCUCUGGUUCCUGUGAUACAGAAAUUGAAAUUCCUUCAUCUGACCAUGAGAAAAUGAAUUAUAAAACAUCUACAGGUGCACAAGCUUUCAGAGUUGAGGAGCAUGAGGAUGGAAAGGCUUUACGCGUGGCACAGCAAUGCCUUCAUAGCAGAAUCAAGCCAGAAUUAGUAGGACUUUGCAAAAUAUUGCAAUUUCCGGAUGAGGUAACAUCUAUGGCAGAGGAACUCCUUUCCUAUGUGAUGAACAAUUACCGACUACCAAAGGAACCAACCAGUUUGCUACAGGCUGUUGAAAUAUCCCUGUGCUGUGCAGCAGCAGGCUGCUUGAAAUAUAACAUGGAUUUGGAUGCAUCAAUUGAACUGGCAAAAUCACAACUGAAUUUUGAGUGCAAGAGGGCAGAGAUUGAUUCAGUGUACUCAAAACUAAGGGAACAAUGCUUGAAGUUAAGAGGAGAUAUUCCAUGUACUGCGGGACAGUGUGGAAGCAGAGUUACCCCAUCCCCAGUUAAUUCGGCCAGUCAAAGACCUGCUGGUGAGAUGCAUCCACAAGACACAGCGUUGUCCACUUCAAAGAAUGAUAAUCAUUCCAAAAUUUUGAUGCAAAUAGGGGCAAUUCAAGAGCCAUCCAAUGUGCAGGAUUCACCUGGAGUGCAUGACAAUGAACAGGAGAUGAUGGAUGCUGUUGUUGACACAGAUAGAAGAGAUGAGCAAGGGAAUAAAUGUAUGUCUGGAUCUAACUUACCUGAACAAGAAACUUUGGAGACAAUUUCACCUCCCAACAUACGGCCUGUGGAAGACGAUUCAAAUCAUGUUGAGGAAGAUAUUUCAACAUGUGUCACAAACCGACAAGAUUUUAUUCUUCUUGAUCCAAUGGGUGUCGCCCAUACAUCUUCAAACCCAGCAACUUGCAUACCAUCCCAUAGUCAACUGAAUUUUCUGUCUCCGGAAAAGAUCAAGAUAAUAAAAGAAUAUCUUCAGUCAAGAAAGCAGAAGCUCCUGAGGCAACAACAGGCAGAAGUAAAAGAUUUUUUCAAGCAACGUGCGAUUGAAGAAAGAAAUCUGGAGGAAAGGCAUGCAAUGGAUUGUCAUAAAAUUAAAUCUAUGAACCAGAAUCCAGAAGUCAGGGAUUCAAAACUUAAGGAAACAAAAGUACGUCAUGUUGAAAUGGUUGCUCAAGUUAAGGAGCAACUGAGAAAGGCCUUACAUGAUCUUAAAAACAGGCAGUCUGCCUUAAGAGAGAAAGAAAAUAAAAUAUUCACUACGUGUUUGGAGGACAUAAAUGCUGGAAGAAUUUCCAAAUUUCUUUCUGAUUUAAUGAAAUCUGGGUCUAUUCAUGAGGUUGCUGAUCCUGUCCAAAAUACUUCAAAUGAAGCAUGUGAACCCAUUGACAAUGCCUUGCAUUCUGCUUCAGAAAGUGGAAGAUCGAUUCCAAUGCCAACUUCAGAACAACAACAACAAGAUAAAGCUCCUGUAUCUGAAUCACAUAUGGCUACGGUAUCUUCACAGUCACCAGAUGUUCAGGAAAAUCAGUUGGUGUGUGGACCUACAACUUCUCCAAUGAAUGGUAUGCCUCAGAAUGAAAUGAAUAAUCUUCUUAACACUUGCAGACCAAGUUUAUCAUUGGAGAGAAGCAGAAGUGGGUUAUGCACCCAUGUCCCAUCCCAGGCAGACACAUCAAGGUCCUCACCAGGUUCUCAUACGCAGCAUCAUCUUAAUCAAGGCUUAUCAUUACAGCCAGAUUCAAUGCCUCUGUCUAGAGGAUCUGGGGAUCAAUCUCACCAGGCAUCUGAGCCUGCAAAUGAGGGUAUGCCUGGAAUGUCUAGAUCACAAAUUGAACAUGUUGAAAAUAUGCUGAGCCUCAAUCCCUCAUCAUCCCAGCCUCUUCAAGAGACAGAUGUAGUUGAGAUUUCUGGCUCUGUUAUUGAAACAUCAACAGCUACAGGUAGCCUUCCUAGAGGAAACGAAUCAUUCUAUGGUAUGCAAUAUGCAAAUCCUGGCAGUAAUCCUAUGCAAUUUCGGGUACCUGUGCCCGCAAGGUCUCAGCAAACAAACUUUUCUGAUCCUCUUUAUCAUGAAACAUUGAAGAUCCGCAAAGAAAUUGAGCGGAAUAGCAAGCUACAUGAAGAAGAGACAACAAGAAUUCAAAAUGAGUUUGCAAAGGAACUUGAAGAAAUGAAAAGAAGAUACACUGGGAUGCUUCAGCAAAUGGAAUUCGCAUUUGCACAUAGAAAAAGGACACUGGAAAUAAACUUAGUCAAGGUUGAUAAAAAUCGGCGUCUUGCUGAAGCAUUCAAGAUAAAAGAUAAUAAUACUACAGUGCCAUCAGUUCAUUCAGGUUCUGCAAUCCACUCGCAUCAAUCAAGACAGCCGACAAUACCAGUUUCAAAUGUAAGGUUGCCUCAGCUAGCAACUGCAGUUGUCAAUUCAGGGUCACCUGUGCUUGUUUCUGAUGUCCCAGCUUCAUGCAGUCUUGCUUCAGCAAGUGGAAUUCAAGCUGGCGGGAUGUUUUGCUCACCCAGUAGCAUUCAGGGUAAUGAUGUUUGGUCUUCAGGGGUACAGUUUCCUCCUCGAUUGUUCAAUCCAGGCUUAUCCGCACAAAAUACUCAAGCUGGGCAAGGAACUCAAUCAAAUUGCUUGCCUCAUAAUUUUGGUGUUGCCUCUGAUAUGAUAAACAGGAAUGUUGGGCUCUCUGGAUGUUCAAGCUCAAUUAACUCAUUUGGCCUUUCAGCUCAGCCAAGACAGCUUCAAUCUUCAGGGAAUAUUGGAGACAUAAUGUCCCAAGUAUUCUUGCCGGAAACGAAUUCUAUUACAUCUCAAAUAUUGCAGCAGCAAGAAACUAGUAAUUCGCUUGGUUCGCCUGGUGCCAAUGCUAGUUCUGGUUCAUUGCCUUCCAGCUUUAUGCCUGGGCAACAAAGCCAACCAAAUUGCCACAAUCCCAACUUCUUGGCAAAUACAGCCAGGGGUGGUGCCACCAUCAUUGAAUCAGGCAUGCAAGAUGCUACAGACAUUGUAUCAGGAAAUGGAGAAUCGUUAUACCCAUUACAAGGACCUAGUGCAACAUCCCAAGUACAAAGCGUUGACAUUCCCCAAGUUUCACCCUCUAGCUUGCAAGAGAUGAAUGAUAACCCCGUUGUAGAAAAUCUCUAUGGCACUAAUAUUCAACAACCUAUCCAAGAAAAUGUUUUAUUGGAAGAUAAUGGUAAUGUUGGAGCAUCACUUGUUUAUGGAAAUAAUACAUCUGAUGCUUCCACCUUGGCACGAGGACCAACUUGUGGGCCCGAGUCAGAAGUUUCUCCACCAUCUCUUCCAGUUCCAGUACGACCUAAUUGUAAUAAUAUAGCUCAUUCAAUUGACGCUCAAAAUUUCAUUUACCUAUCUGAUGAUGACUAGAGCAAUUGUAAAAUAUUUUUUGUUGAUUUCUUUUCACAGGUAAAUUUCUGGAAAUCCCACAAAUAUCUGAUUUAUGUUCAAUUUUUUUGCACUGCUUAAAAGCUGAUUGCAUUUUUAGAGCUAAUCUAUUGGAAAUUUUCACUGCUGCCACUUUGUGUGGCUGCUAUAACAUUUCAUCUGAUUAGUUGUACAGUGUAAGUGGGGGAAAAGGGCAAUUUUGGCGGAAGUUGACUGUAUCAUUACCGGUACAGCCAUAUUGUAAUAAUUAGACUCAUUACAACAACAGUCCAAGUGUAAUUUACUUACCGGGCAAUGGCUAGAUUUUAUGUAAAAUAUGUUUUACUGAUUCCUAUCACAGGCAAAUGUGGAAAACUCACCAUUAUUUGAUAUAUGGUCCACAUUAUGAUAUCGAUUCAAAGUUGAUCCCAUUUUGAGGGCUAAAAUUUUAGAAAAUCUCUCCACUUAAGUUGCUCAUGUGGGGAAAGUAACCAUAUAUCCUCUGUUUACGUUAAGUGUUUUAUUUUAAUAAUUGGUAAUCGGUUAUUCUA